CGCAGUGCUUUGUGGGAAGAGCUAGGCUGGAGAAAUAUGGCGGAUGCAGUAGAGCCGGAGAAGAAAAGAAGGCGGAUAGAAGAGCUGACUGACAAAAUGGCGGUUGAUGGUGGGUGUGGGGACAAUGCAGACUGGGAAGGUCGCUGGAACCAUGUAAAGAAGUUCCUCGAGCGAUCAGGACCUUUCACACACCCCGAGUUCGAACCAAGCAAUGAAUCCCUGCAAUUUCUUUUAGAGACGUGUAAAAUUUUGGUUGUCGGAGCCGGCGGUUUAGGAUGCGAACUUCUGAAAAAUCUGGCGCUCUCUGGCUUUCGACAAAUCCACGUGAUUGAUAUGGACACCAUAGAUGUUUCUAAUUUAAAUAGACAGUUCCUUUUCCGGCCCAAAGAUGUAGGAAGACCAAAAGCAGAAGUAGCCGCUGAGUUUAUAAACAACAGAAUACCCGACUGCUGCGUCUCUCCACACUUCAAAAAGAUUCAAGACUACGAUGAAACUUUCUACCGAGAGUUUCAUAUUAUCGUGUGCGGUUUGGACUCCAUUAUUGCCAGACGGUGGUUGAAUGGAAUGCUGAUGUCUCUUCUAAACUAUGAAGAUGGCGUUCUGCAGCAAAGCACCGUCAUUCCUCUCAUUGACGGCGGCACGGAGGGCUUUAAAGGAAACGCUCGUGUUAUCUUACCCGGAAUGACGGCUUGUGUGGAAUGCACCCUCGAAUUAUACCCACCGCAGAUCAACUUUCCCAUGUGCACAAUUGCAUCAAUGCCCAGGUUACCAGAGCACUGUAUCGAGUAUGUUCGAAUAUUACAGUGGCCCAAAGAACAGCCCUUUGGAGAGGGUGUGCAGUUGGAUGGAGACGACCCUGAACACAUCCAGUGGAUUUACAAGAACUCCCUAGAGCGAGCGUCGCAGUUCCACAUCGGCGGAGUGACGUACAGACUUACGCAGGGUGUGGUUAAAAGGAUAAUCCCAGCUGUGGCCUCAACCAAUGCAGUCAUUGCAGCUGCCUGCGCCACUGAAGUAUUUAAAAUAGCCACGAGUGCAUACAUUCCUUUAAACAAUUACCUGGUGUUUAAUGAUGUCGAUGGCUUAUACACUUACACCUUCGAAGCAGAAAGAAAGGAUAACUGUCCUGCUUGUAGCCAGCUUCCUCAGAACAUAGAGUUCCCGGCCUCGGCUAAACUUCAGGAGGUUUUGGAUUAUUUAAUAAAUAAUAACUCACUACAAAUGAAAUCUCCUGCCAUCACUGCAACAAUGGAUGGGAAGAAUAAGACACUUUAUUUACAGACAGUGGCAUCGAUUGAAGAACGGACAAGACCCAAUCUUUGCAAAACCUUAAAAGAGCUUGGUCUUGUUGAUGGACAAGAGCUUGCAGUCGCUGACAUUACGACACCGCAGACAGUUCUGUUCAAACUCCACUUCACCACCUAAAUACAGUGACCCGCGUGUCACCUUUUAGACGUAAAUUUACUUAAAAGCAUUAAAAAAAAUGCUUGUCAAAUCCCGGACACGGAUGGAGGAGCACUGAGGAUAAAACGGGACCCAACUGCUAGGGUCAAAAGAAAACGAAUAUAUAUGAAUGCCCAGGUGACUUGGCCUAGAGUAAUGCACUUCUUAGUAUUCAGCACUCAAAGGGUUGUUCCUAUUUAUAAAGGUAAAAUACCUUUUUUUUUUUUUUUUAAUGCAAAAAAAACAAAUCAUACCGACUGAGUUAAAACCUACUUUUACAAAGACCCGGGAUGUAAAUCUUCCGAGUUGUUAAAGCCGCCGUAUCCUGUACGAAGCCACGUUGUGUUUCUUUUAUGGAAUUUAUUUCAUGCGACAAACAAUACGGGAAGAUUAUUGUUUUGUCAGAGUUGUAAACGUUGUAAUUAGACUUAAUAAAACCCUCUGUACCAUAA